UUGUUUACAUUUGAAACCAAAUUCCAGUAACAACACGACAGUUUUCACAUACAUUGAAAUACAUUUUGCCAUGUAAAGUUAACAAUUUGAGUUAUACAAUAUACUGAGAAAUCCAGAAUAAUUGAUUGCAGUCAGUAACUGUGAUAAUGGAAAGUAAGCUUAAGAAAUCAUACUGAAAAAGAGUCUGUCAUGUCUGGUGCACGAUACAAACCUGGGAGCAGGAAGUUCCCUAGACGUCGGGAAUCACCAGCGCCAUCAGAAGGAUCUGUUGGUUCUGAGGGAGGAGUUAUUCCACGGCAGACGUACCAGGCUCCUGAAGGAUAUGACACACCCAUUAUCAGACAGUUUAGAGAAUAUCUUGACAAUACUGGAUUGGAGCAGAACUUUAAAGAUCUGAUUAAACUUCUACUAGACAGGAAUGAACUGCCUUAUAAUCCAUAUCCUGGAUUUGUCAAUCGGUUCAGACAGUUUGGUGAAAAAUUUCACAUGGAACAAGAAUCUGCAGAGAAAAUUCAUCAUAAACUUAGAAAUGCGAUGAAGGAGACAUUUCUGCCAUAUCUGUUUACCGUUAAGAACCAUAACACAGUUUGGGGUUUGUCUAGUAUUCUCAAGGUUAUCAACCCUCAGGCUUUGUCUAAAUAUAAAUGGCUGCUUGAUGACCUAACGCCACAUCCUGAAGAUGUUUUAUCAUCUGGUGAUUAUACUAAUCAAGUGAUGUUAGCACUGGUAGGAUCAUGUGUAUUUGACGGAACAUUUUUCCCACAAGUCCACAGUGUAACGAUUAGGAAGGAGUACCUGGUAUCUGGGGAAGAUGUACAGCAGGGUGUGUCAAUAUUUGUUAAUUCCAUUAUGGCAGAAAUUGAUAGCAUGUACAGCAAUCCAAGACAUAUCAUGUUAGGUAUAAACAUUCCUUAUGCUAAUGAAGAAUACCCUGAUGUAGUAAUGUUUGAGUUCUGGGAUCCUGAUAGAAUACAAGGAGACAAGGAUGAGUUUCUACAGAUUGUAAGUGAUACAGUUGUCAAUAAUAAGUACAUUCACAUGGAGUGUGUCCUGAGAAUCAGUCCUUAUCAUCCACAAUACAUGAGGGGUACAAUACAAUUCUCUUUGAACUUUUUAGAGAUAAAAGAUGACCUCAUCGAGGAAGGUUUGCAGAGUUUUGCUGAAUAUCCUAUGGCCUCUCUACAUGAGGGAGUAUUUCUAAAUGCGACCCAUGCAGAAGCUUAUCUGUCCAUUUUCUCACCAACAGUAGACCAAUAUGAUGAUCAGACACCAAGGUCACCUUUACCACAGAGUAGACAGGCCAAGGGCAGAGCGCCAACCAGUCAUGCACCAAGUCGCGCACACAGUCGAGCACACAGCAGGGUCAGCCAAAUAACAGGACAUAGCAGAAAUAGAAAGUUCUCAUCAGCUCAGGGCCAAGAUCUCACUCGUAUAAAACAGCAUGUGUAUGACAGAAUGGACCAUAUCAAACCACAGAAAGUUAGAAUUGAUGGGUUCCGGAUUGGUGAUGAAUCUUCAUAUGGACCAUUUGCCUGGCAGAUCACUACACCCAUCAAAGCCUACUUACAAAAGAAAAUGGCCAGUCAUCAGAUGCAUGCAGAAUUGUUUGAAGCUGUACUCUGUGGAAUUCUGUUAUGGCUACUGGACAGAGAAUCAUUUAACAAAGAUCUAACUGUUGAGUUGUACAAACUAACCCACAGUACUGCAGGAUCAUUAUAUCUAAUAAUGGAACAGAAUAAAACAUUACGCUAUAUUCUCAAAGCUUUUGUUAAUAGACAGGAAACAGGACCAAUGAGGGAAUACCUGGCAUUGUAUAGAGAAUCUUUUGUUCAUCUGUUCCUAAGUAGUUUAUAUGAAAGAAGUAAUGAGCAGAUAACUGUUGGUAAGGUAGCUGUAGCACAACUUGAUGAUCUGAUGCCCAAUAGUAUGAUUCAGUUUGGGUCAUAUGACCAUGUACAAAUGGCACUGAAGACAUUGAAGAAUAUGAACUGGUAUUGCAUGUCCCUUUUACUACAGCUCUCUGAGGAUAGUCUGAACAGGUGUCCAAUAUUUAAGGAUAUUCUCAUAACCAUGAAGUCUACAUUCCCAGAUGUUAUUCCACAACCUAUCACCAGACACAGGAACAGACAGGAUCCAGCAGGAGUUGACCUGGAAACUGAUGUAGUACAUGGCUUAGAAGAUGAAAAUAUUAUAAAUCAUGAAAGAUUAGUGAUAAACAUAGAUGAAUGUGAAGCCAAAGAUUCAGCUCCUAAGACAAUAUCAAGGGAAUCUGUUUUCAUUAAAUAUAUGAUAGAUACCCAUUUAGAUGAAUCAUGGCACAAGUACUUGACAGAGUUGGUGACAGCAGAGUUUUUCCCUCCAAAUCCUUUUCCACGUCUAACAACAAUCUUUAGACAGAAUGCUAUGAGAAUGGACCUGUGUUUUGAGAGGGAUUCUGUGAUUACAGAGAAUAUCUUAAACACAAAUAUCAAGUUAGACGAUAAAGAAAAUUUUAUUUACAACAUUCCUGGCAUUGAUGCUUAUGGAACACCAAGUGCUUUACAAGUUCUAGACACUGGAAUCUACAUGAACCUAAGUCAAAUUGUUUCCAUGUUGACACAACAGAACUACAUACAGAGAAAAGGUCCAUACAGGGUUGGUAUUUGUUUGGCAUUAAGCGGUCCUAGUAUACUAUACGGUAAAAUGCAGCCAUAUUUAAAUGAAGUGGAAUUACACGAACAUUGCUAUAUCAUGGGACCACCUGGAUGUCAAGGGGAGGCAGUUCAAUUGUUUGCUAUGAUUGUCCAGAACUACCUUGUUGAUCUGAUACAAAAGAAUAUGAUCCCAGUAUCAGGUAUAUAUUUUGGUGAAAGCCAGAAUAGAUGGACAUGGGAAGACAUACUUACACUCAGAGCUGGAUUUAUAUCAGAAUUCUGUACAAUCUGUAACAGAAAGGAACCCAUAUUUAUGAAGGCCUUUGUUUUGAUGGACCAAUGGAGAUAUGUUCCAGUAAGAAAAUAUUUCCUACUUCACUUUAUGACAGAUGAUGAAAUUGAAGGAGAAUUAUUCUUCCCAGAUAAUCCAGUAGCAUUCUACCAAAGCAUAUUCCUUAGCAGAGAUAGGGCAGCAUUUCACUAUCAGAAUGGAGGACCAAAACAGGGAGUGAAUCCCAUGACUGGUCCUAACGUAAAGAAUUCUGUCAAUCAUUUAGAUUAUAUGAUGGCUGCUGCCAAGUCAAGAUCUGAUUGGAUAACAGUUCACAGGGCCCUCCUACUGAAGAGUCUCAUUCAGCAGAAUGACACCCAUAUUGGUGAGUCCUGGAAGAUGCUUCACUCUGUAGCUGCUCAAGUGGAGUAUAUUAUAGCUCUCAUUGAUGCUAUACAGGAUCUGGUUCAACUAAUUAUAGAAUAUAAGGAAUUCCUUACGAAAUAUGAGUCAUCACCCAACACAGCUGCAAGUCAAAGAACAAGGGCAACACCUCCUCAAUCCAGAGCUCAGACCGGUCAAAAGACAGCUGAUUCACAUAAAGCAAGAAAAGCAAAUACUCUAUUACCGAAUUUCCAGAGUCCAAUUGAUGAAGGAGUAUUUGGUCAGAUGUGCAUGGUGUUCCACAGACGUCUGGUAGAGAUAUGUAAAGGGAGGAUAACUCUUGCUAGCACUGCAUUAUCAGAAUUUGUUAAAGCUAAAUUGAAAACAUCAAUAGAAGAGGAUCCACAUCUUAAUAACUUUUACUUUGCUUACGAAGACCAGACAUUAUUCCGUUUGGAAGAAGUGAAGCAUAUGAUGAGAAUGGUGCAAGACUGUUUAUCUUCAGAUGUACAUUUGAUCAGUGACAAAGCACAAAGUGUUGUAGAUAACCUUGAAACAAAUAUGGAUGAAGGUCGACCUAGUUCUGUGGCAUCAUACAUACUAAAUGAUCCUUACAUGAAAAUUAAACAUCCAAGAGCCCAGAUGACGGCCAUAUUGGAAUGAUUUUU